CCCAGCUCUAAAGCAACAACAAGAAAAAACAUUCUUUUCUUUCACAUAAAAAAGUGUUCUUUGAUAAUUUACUAGCUUAAAAGGGGUGCAAAAUGAGUUCAGCUCGUUUUGCGCGUUCCGGGCGCGUCCGGAUCUGCAUUCUGAUGACCAUGUUCAUCGUACUGAUCAUGAUGAUAGUAAUCUACCAAAUGUCCCAACACCAAUUGGAUGAGAGCCGCGCCUUCCAAGAGGGCCUCAGUGUCCAAAUGCAAUCUCUUAAUGCCGAGAAGCUGACUGCAGAGAAAAGAAUGAGCUUGCUGCGCACUGAAAAGAUGAGCCUGCAGGAGAAGUACGAGGGUCAGCUGGCAGAAGCGGUGCAAAAGCAGCAGGAAACGGAGCGCGCCCUUCAGGAAAAGUUCGACGCCCAAGUGGAGAAGUACAAGUUGUUGGAGCUCCAGUACUCCGACCUGGAGGCCGAGUGUCUUAAAAGCAAGAAGAAACACAUAGAGGAUACGAAUGCUUUCGACCAAAAGCUGCAAAAGGUCCUUGAGGAUCUCCACAAGGACAAGGCUAGCAAAGAACACGAGGUGGCUGCUUGGAAGGAAAAAGUGGACAAAGUAAAACGCGAUGGGGAGCACAAAGUACACACCCUGGAGGCUACAAUAGCGGAAUUCAAGACCAACUGUAACUACGUGCCCAAAGUCCAACCAGCUGAGGGCCCGGCCCAUGGCCACCAGCAACAGCUGAACAAGCCCGUCGACCAGAUGGCCACCACACACCAUUCCAAUACCGCCCAGUUGGCGCAUAGCAUCGAAAAACCGCGCAACGAGAAGUCCUUCGAUGCCCAAGUGCAAGUGAGUGAAGGCCUCUACAGGAUUGGCGGCGGGGUAAAUCUGCUAGCAUCUAACCCAAACCAAAACCAAACAAUAGCAGCUACUAACUCUACAAUUAAGAGUAAUGGUGACGGAACCCAGUCGCAGCCAGAGCAGCUGCCUCUGUUGCCCUUCGCCGUGCGCAACAACCAUAGCCUCAUACUAAACUCUGUUGAAAACUUUCAGAUUGUGCCCAAAACACUAAAUGAGAAGCAGCAGCAGGAGGAGCCACAGUUGUCCGGGGGCCCUGUUUCCCCGCUAAGCGCUCCCCGCAAGAGCAGCACACAGGCCUCUGAUGGCGGCGUGGGCGGCAAGAAAGCCGGAGAUGCUCCGAACGCAUCCGUGGCCCCUAAGGUCAGCAGUAGCAGCGGUCUUCCUCCGCUCGCAGUACCACCAGCCAAGACGGAGCGCAAACUUCCCGAAAAUGUCGCUCCCAUACCCGAAAACUUUGAGGACAAGGCGGAUACUAAGGCCGACGCUGUCGAUGUAGACACAGCCGCCGAAGAGUUGCCCAAGAACGAAAACAAUAAUCGUUACGUAAACGUUGUGAAUGACCUGGAGACCAACAAGAAUCUUGGUGUGGCACCCAAACCCGUCGAGGAUUCGGGCGCCCACGAAGUCAAGGACGCGUUAAACGAGCCUAGCUUUAAUUUACCCCCUGCUGGAGGUGGCCAAAACUUCUUUGAUGGCGAAUUGCCGGCUCCUGGCCCAGGACCCGUGCCCGAUGAGCCAGCUAAGCAAAUGGCUGAGGCGGCAGGCGCUGGCGGAGGAGGUGAAGGAGACGAUGAUGAUGAUGUGGGAGAUGUGGCGGUAAAGCAGCCACAACAUUUACUUGAUACAGACAAUCUAAACAACGAAAUUGUGGCUGACCAAGGCAAGGAGUUUGUCGAAGGAAUUCAUCUGGAAGAUGGCAUGGAUGAAGAUCAAGAUGAGGACGACUACUCAAAUGUUGCGGCGCGUAAGAAAGGAGGCGAGGUCAUUAGACAUUAAGUAAUAUAAUUUUCUAUUAAUAUUGAGCGGUACGUGUGCAAAGGCUUAGAAAAUCCUUUAUAUUGAAGCCGUGCUCCCAAAUCCAUAGAUUUUAGAGAUCUGAGUUUGUCAUAGAUGAUAGAUGAUUCAGCAAACCAAUCAAUGAGUUUGUAUGAUAAUUGGAGAUUAUAAAUCGAAAUCUAACCAGGGUUGAGCACGCCCUAAGCUACAUAGAUUAUAAGUAAAAUAUAAUGUCAUGACUACCAUCAUUUCGUCAAUAGCAAAUGAAAAAACAAAAAAAUGCAGAAUAUACAAUACUCUGAGAUGGUCAGAUUAUAGUGUGAACUGAAAUCUAUCCAAAAUUAAGACUGGUUCAGUUCAGCUUUACAAAAUAUUUGUCGCAAAACUAGAUGAACUUAUUUCCUUUGAAAAUUCCUUAAUCAUUUCAUUCAAAAUUUUACCCAUCUCAAAAAUGUAAUCUUGCGCUUUACAUCUUCGUACAAUAUUCCCUUGUACUUGGUUUUCUGUGAUAAAAAUAACUCGCUUCACUGCAUUUGGGCAAUGUUGCCUGUUUUUUUGUCGCUGCCUCACAACAUUUCGCAUUUGCAUUUGAAUUCAGCCAACUCAUUUUGCUAGAGAUUAGGUAGCCACAUAAGAUAGGAAUGUACACACCGACACACUCGCCUAGCAUUCGAAAACACACACAAACUUUAUUGGUAAUGAUAAUAAUAAACUUAAUUCAUAAAUGUUAA